AUGGUCGAGUAUAACAUGCCAACCUACACUUUGCGUGAGUUCAAAGUUACAGACACGCGAGCUGGUGUUUCAAGGACCGUUCGUCAGUUCCAGUAUACUGAGUGGCCCGAAAUGGGCAUGCCGGACAACUGCGAGGCCUUCACGAACUUUAUCACGCAGAUCCACAAGACAAAGGACCAGUUUGGCCAAGACGGACCCAUUACAGUUCACUGCAGGUUGGUUCUUGGGGCCCUUUGGCCAAAUAUGGUCGAGAUUUUUUUUUAAAUAAAACAAGCGUACACAUUUAUGAAAAAUGGAUUUGUGUUUUAGUUGUGGUUCGGGUCGCACGGGUGUAUUUGUCCUGCUGUCCAUUGUACUGGAGAGACUGCGCAACGAGGGUCUUGUGGACAUUCUUCAGACAGUCCGGCUCCUUCGAACGCAACGGAUUCAUAUGAUCCAGUCGCCAGAACAAUUGCAAUUUUGUUAUAAGGCGGUUCUAGAUUACAUAUCCUCAUUCAACACAUGCGUUCGAUGA